AUGUUAUUGAAUUUCAGAAGAGAUCUUCCACAUGCACACAUUCUUAUCAUCCUGCACGAGAAAGACAAACUGCUUACCCCAGAUGACUACGAUAGGGUUGUUCGAGCAGAAAUACCAGAUGAAAAAGUUGAACCAGAGUUGUAUGCUUUUGUCCUCAAACAUAUGAUACAUAAGCCAUGUGCUUUGUCUGCUGAUAGUGUCUGUAAGAAGGAUGGAAAGUGCAAGAAAGGGUUUCCAAAGCAGUUUGCACCGGAAACUCUAGAAGGCAAAGAUUCGUAUCCAGUCUAUAGAAGACGCGAUGAUGGUAGAGAAAUUACACUCGCUAAUGGGAAAGUUGUGAAUAACAGCUUGGUUGUUCCGUAUAAUCCGUGGAUGCUAAAGAAGUAUGAUUGUCAUAUCAAUGUGGAAAUUUGUUCAAGUGUGCGGUCUGAGAAGUAUUUGUAUAAAUACGUUUGGAAAGGGGUUGACCGUGUUUCUAUGGAAGUUUCAAGCGAGAAAGAAGCGGAAGAUGAGAUCAAGCAGUUCGUAGAUGCUCGAUGGAUUUGCCCGCAAGAAGCUCUUUGGCGGAUAUACAUGUAUCAAAUGAAUAAGAUUUAUCCUCUUGUUCUUUCGUUACAAAACCAAGAAGAUGAAUUCGCGAGAACUCUUCUCUACAAGGAAUUUCCCGAACACUACAAGUGGGAUAAGCCGCUAAAGCAAUGGAUAAGGCGGCAACGCGAUAACAAAGUAAUUAGUAGAGUUAACGUUUUUUCUACCCGCAGUGAAAAUUAUCAUUUGAGACUUCUUUUGAAUAAUAUUAGAGGGCCAACUUCUUUCGAGGAUUUGCUAAAGGUGGGAGCUAAUGCGUUUUCGACGUAUAAAGAAGUAGCUCAACAUUUGUCUUUGUUAGAAAGUGACACUCCCAUUCGUGACACACUUCUCGAAGCUAUACAAGUAGAGAUGCCUUGCUCUUUGAGAAGGCUUUUCUGCAUGUUGUUAGACCUUUGCAAGCCCACGAGAGUUCGUGAAUUGUGGGAUGAAUUUUUUCCCUACAUGAUUGAUGAUCACUGCCAGUUCAACACAGAACAAGGGGAAAUCAAUAUUCUUUUACGGGAAGUAAGGUCUGUUCUCGGGGAAGAAUUAAUGGCCACAUAUAAACUCCGGUCAAUGACUGAAGACAUACGAACUUCAGGAGUAAACGCGUUGGUUUCUGAGGAAUUCAGAGUUCCAGUUUCUCCAGAAGAUCUAUCAUCUAUUGAUAUGCUAAAAGCGGACCAGAAACAUGCAUUCGACAGGUACAAAUCUGACCCAAAUACAGGAACUUAG